UGUGACUCUCGCAAUAUCUUGGUCUUCAUUUUCAAAAACAUAAUUAGGUACAUGACAAACUAUGACCUAUCAAAACUUUGAUUUUUAUUAUACUGUGAUGUUUUUAGUUGAAAAAAAAAAACAGCAAUGGCCAUUUACAAUUUUUGAUCGCUUACCAUAAUAUGAAUUACUUUACAGAUCGUGCGCAGUAGGGAUAAUAUGAGAAAAGACCCUUGAUAACCUAUGACAAUUGUACAGCAAAAUAGCACAAUGAACGAUUAAAUGAUUAAAAAGUUACAAAUGCAAGAAGAUCAUUAGUAGAAAAUACGACUGUGUAAAUGCUUGAUAAAUACUCCUGCCGUAGUAACUGCGUAUUGUAAAAUAAAUAAAAAUGACGAUAAUGUGCUGUUUGCAUAAACGAAAUGAGUCAAAUUGAUAAAGUAUCUUUUAAGAAGCGUCUAUAUAUUUUUACUUGCAGAUAGAUAGUAUAUUUUGUUCCGUUCUGAGGAAAGGUUCUCUAACGUCUUGAAUCGAAACUAAAUACAUCAAUAAAAAUAAAUAUUUCAUUAGUUAAAAACAUUGACUUUUACAACAUAUUUAUUUUUCUAUGUUUAGAAUUCACUUUUCUUAAAAAAAAAAGGUAUAAUGGCUAUAAUAGGAAGUGAUUUAAUUACAGUGUUUUUAACGUGUAUUUGCGCAUUAGCAGUGGGUUUUUACGUGUACGUAACAAGAAAUUUUAAGUAUUGGAAAAAUUUGGGUGUCAAACACUUGGAGCCUUCAUUUCCUUUCGGAAAUUUUGGAAAAUGUACAUUUUUGAGACAAUCAAUUCAUGAAUUUCUCGAUCAAAUUUAUUAUGAAGGUAAAGAAGAAAAGAUGGUCGGCUUUUACGUUCUCGACCGUCCAUAUAUUAUGUUACGUGACCCAGAGUUGCUAAGAAGUGUAUUUAUUAAAGAUUUUAAUCUUUUUACAAAUAAAUUAAUGAGUAACAACAAAAGUGAUCCUUUUGGCACGCACGCACUUUUUUUGAUGGAAAGUCCACCGUGGAAGAAGAUCCGACAAAAUAUGUCACCCAUGUUCACCUCGGGCAAGCUAAAAAAAAAUUUUGAUCUCAUGCUGUCCAUUUGUAAAGACCUUGAUACUUAUCUCAAUAGCGUAGGAGUGAACGAUCAAAUUGCAAAGCCCAUCGAAAUUCAAGAGGUUUUGUUAAAAUUGAUGACUGAUAUUAUUGGAAUUACAGCUUAUAACAUAAAAUUCAACUCUUUGACGAAUUCUGAAUCUCCAUUCCAAAAAUUUGGAAAAUUACAAUUUGAAAGUCGACCAUUUCGUUAUAUUCAAUUGCUGUCUAUAUUCUUCGUACCAGCAUGGCGUAUAUUUACAAAGGCACAAUUUUUUUAUGUUGGGACUAAGUUUUUUGAAGACACGUUUUUACACAUAGUGGACGAACGAAUUCAAUCAGGAGAUAAAAAAAACGAUUUUGUCGACUGGGUCAUCGAUAUGCUGAAAAACGAAGAGGUCGAUGAUAAAAGCGAUAUUAAAGUAAAACGUCGCUCAUGGAUGGUUCAACUAAGUCAAGUUUUCACUGGUGGAUUCGAAACUUCUUCAACGACAACAUCUUUUGCUUUGUACUUGGUGGCUAUGCAUUCCGAGGUUCAACAACGAUUAAGGGAUGAACUUACGCAUGCAGUUGAGAAAAAUGGAAAAUUGACCUAUGAUGUGGUAACCAAUGCACCUUACCUCAAUAUGGUUGUACGAGAAGUCUUAAGAAUGUAUCCUCUGAUUACGUGGGUCGAUCGAUUGCCAGACGUUGAUUACACGUUUCCUGGAACGAAUGUAACAAUCAAAAAAGGAACUCCAGUUAUAUAUCCGAUCCGCUCCAUGCAUAUGGAUCCAAAAUAUUUUCCAGAACCUGAGAAAUUCGAUCCUGAAAGAUUUUCGGACGAAAACAAAGGUCAAAUAGUUCCAUUCUCAUACGCACCGUUUAGCGAGGGACCCCGAAAUUGCAUAGGUGGCAGAUUAGGACUGUUACAAGUAAAACUUGCCGUAGCUUAUUUUGUGGUAAAUUAUCAACUAUCACCUUGUGGAAAAACACCUAUUCCGUUGAAAAAUAGUAGUGUAAAUGCUUUCAUGCAUCCACACGGCGAUGUUUACUUGGAUUUAUUAAAAAUUGCGUGAUCCAAAAAAAUUAUUAUUUUCAACAAAAUGUAAAACAUGUGAAAACUACGAGUCUCAAAAUAUAAAAAUUGUGAUUUUUUUUAUAAUAAAAUGGUUUCAACAAUUA